UAAACCCAUGAUGUAAUGAACAUUACCUCAUAGGAUAAGAUUAACAUUGAAUGGCAAUAUAAAUGCGAGUAAAUAUGAGAAUGAAGGCCAUUAGAAACAUAGUUUGAGAAUCACAGGAACAACAAGUACAAUGGAAGCAGCGCAAGAAUUGGCCGGGGCAGUCUUGGAAACUGUCAACUCCAGCUACUUUAACAAAGAAGAUAUUCGUCAGUAUAAACUGACCUUGUCUGAAGGGUACUGCCUGUUGUGGCAAGAUACUAAGAAUGGAGAUGUUUGUGGAAGACAAUGUGGAACUGAGUCAAAUGCAGGUGCAACAGCAGCGGUGGUAGUUGAUCUAGUAGUGUUGGGUAAGGGUGAACUGGAAGCUGAUGCAUCUACAGAAGUGAAACAGGAUUCCCUUGUCUUAAAGCUUCGUUCAGACGAACGAUGUGGUAAUUAUCUAGACGCUGCCAUGCUUGACAAAAUCGUGAACCAGUGCAAUGAAUAUCCCAAGAAGCCUCAUUAUGUAAAGGACUUGAUCUAUGAAGACAUCAGUCAAAAAGAUGCCAAUCAACGCUGUGCCACCAGAGCACUAGGCAGUAUGGUACUAAGGGGGAUCCUCUUGAUGGAAACGGGAUUUUGUGGCAGUCGCAAGUACCCAACAGCAAACUCAGAAGUGGAGAAAGAGUUGGUCCAAGACAUUCGUGCGGUAGCAUUGGAAGGUGCAAAACCCAGUAGUUACGUCAGAGCCCUGCUGACUCUCGCCAGAACUGCGGACAAUAUAUCGUGUCUCAAUUUUGAUCCUGUCCUGAAGAAAUACUUCACUGAACAAGAAUAUGGAAAAGCUAAACAGACAAUCGAUGAAUUGGUUGGGCUUGACAGGAUUCAUGUCGGCAAACAGAWAUGAUAAAGGGAAACAAAACAUUAUUAUAAUCGACGUAGAAAAGUUAAGGUAGCUAAAGUAAUGUAAAUUGCAUGAAAAUAUUUUAUAUAUAAACUCAAUAUUGCCAAAAAGUAUUAAUGACGUUAUUAUAUUAUCUUUACGGCUACAAAGCAAGUAAAUUAAUUUUUGUGAUAUCUAUACUUUAAAAAACUUUAUUUUUAAUUUUAGCUUGCUU